UAUUCAUGGUCCCCCUCGCAGUACUUCGAUGAGGACAGCUACUCCCCUCCACCCAGGAACAUGAAGGGUCUCUCCGGCGGCCGCCCUGCCCACCUCCAGCUCACCUCCCCCACCUCUGCCCACACCUGCGGCCUGGCUGAUUGUGACCAUUCCCUGGACCACCUGCACCACCAUGUUGACUCACGGCCUCCUUCCUAUCUCCUCAGCCCCACUGAGAGCUGCCCCCUUGACGGUCAUCACCGCUGCUCCCCACGGAGCUCCAUCCACUCUGAGUGCAUGGUGAUGCCGAUGUCCAUGUCGGCCACUGACCACUCUAUCUCCAGUAGCACUUUCCCCCGCAUGCACUACGGCAGCGCUUCGCGGGACAGUGGCGGGAACGCCUCGGGUGGCAGGGAAUCUCGAGACAACGGCGGCUCAUCCUCGCACGGCGGCAGUGGCAAAAUGAACCGAAUCCCAGCAAACCUCCUGGACCAAUUUGAAAAACAGAUGCCACUGCACCGGGACGGCUUCCACACGCUGCAGUACCAGCGCACCUCCACCACGACCACGACUACAGAGCAGCGCAACGAAAGCCCCGGGCGAAUACGCCACUUAGUCCACUCAGUACAGAAGCUUUUCACAAAGUCACACUCCCUGGAGGGCUCCUCCAAGAUGAACGGCACCAAAGGUGACUCACACAGGGAAAGCUCGCACCACCACCAUCACCACCACCAAGGCCACCACAAACACAGCAAACGCAGCAAGAGCAAAGAGCGCAAGUCCGACAGCAGCAAGCAGCGCUCGGGAGGUUGGUGGAGUUCGGAUGACAACCUUGACAGCGACAGCACAUACAGAACGCCGAGCGUCAUGUCACGGCAUCCAGUCGACCACAUCAGCCACUGUUACCCCGAGUCUGUGCACGGCCACAUGGUGGGAGAUCUGUCGCUAAAGACCUCCAAAAGCAACAACGACGUGAAGUGCUCAGCCUGCGAAAGCAUAGCCAUGGCGCCAGAGGGCAAGUUCAUGAAGAGAAGCUCCUGGUCAACGCUGACAGUUAGCCAGGCCAAGGAGGCCUACAGGAAGUCCUCACUCAACUUGGAAAAGCCAAUGAUGCCCACAGAUCUCAAGCCCAACCUCAGGCCCUGCCACUAUCUACAGGUGCCCCAGGAUGAGUGGGGGGGUUAUCCUGGAGGUGGGAAGGACGAUGAGAUACCUUGCCGUCGGAUGCGGAGCAGCAGCUAUGUUAAAGCCAUGGGGGACGAGGAGAGCGGCGAGUCAGACUCCAGCCCCAAGAUGUCGCCUCAGAAGUCAGUGCGGCCAGACGCCCUGGUCAAGGCCAUCAUCAGACCCAGGGAUCUGCUGGACUCCCAGAGUCAGAGCUACCACUUGCAAGCCACCAGGGACAUGCACCCAAGCAUUGCCCUGGAUCCCUCCACCAACUACAACUCACCCAAGUUUCGCUCCAGGAAUCAGAGCUAUAUGCGGGCUGUCAGCACCCUCAGUCAGGCUAGCUGUGUUAGCCAAGUGAGCCAGGUGAGUGAAACAGAAAUUAAUGGCCAGUUUGAGUCUGUGUGCGAGUCUGUGUUCAGCGAGGUGGAAUCCCAGGCCAUGGACGCUUUGGACCUGCCCGGCUGCUUCCGAACCCGGAGCCACAGCUACCUGCGAGCCAUCCAGGCUGGCUACUCCCAAGAUGACGACUGCAUUCCCCCCAUGGCCUCCACCGUCACCUCCACCAUCAGGUCCACCACAGACAGAAAUUAUGUGCAGGAAGACUCUUGUUUACCUGACCAGGACAGAAUACAUGAGGAUUUGGCAGACACAGUCCCUCUGACUCAUGAUGAUCUAGGCUGCCCCAUCAGAAGAGACAGGCUUUACCACCAAGACAACACGGGGGCUACAGCCAAACCCUUGUCUGGACCACCUGUUUCUCCGAGCCUCUUCAGAUCCACUGGAGCUAGUGCUCCAGAACGGCCAUCACCAAAGGCCAUCCAGGCCAGUAUCAAAGAGUCGGCUACACUGGCUGCCGCUAUCAGCAUGCAGUGGAAGGAAGAGGUCUCGGCCAUGCGUCGAGAGCUAGCUGAACUCAGGAGGGACCUCUGUAAAGAACUUCGUGCUUUCAACAGUAAUUUCAACACUUUCACGCAGCAUUAUAACACAUGGUCUCCCCAGGGAGGCAACAUGGCCGCUGGAGCUGGGGCAGGCUUGGGUGCAGGAGCUGGACCUAGUACAGGGACAGGAACAAGGGCAUGGCCUGGAGCGGGAUCGGGGCCUGGACCCGGGCCCGGGGCAGGAAGAUUUGGAACCUCCACUGCAGAUAGAGGCGCUGGGGGGGCUAGAGAGAAAAAGCCCCAAAUAUCCAAGGUAUCGGUGGGGACCCAGGCCCGCAGCAAAGUCUUGGUCAGGCAGAGCACUGCAGAUGCAGCUGUUAAUUGUCCAGAAGAAAAAGACGAAAAGAAAGGGGCCCGCCGAGGCCUGCCAAAACAGCUCUCCAUGGACCCGAGCAUUCUUGCCUCUCCACAGUCAAUGUACGUAGAAAGUGCCAUACCACUUUCUUUGGAUCCAAUACUUCCUGUCUCUGUUCGAGCAGUCAAGCCAGAGACACUUGAUGUUACUGCUGUGCUCACCAGAGCUGAAUCGGAGCUUGCAGUCGACGGUGCAGUUCUAAGCUCCUCUGACAUGGCCACUAAUGAGCCAACACUCACCACCCACGGUACAGCGCCACUUUCUUUAGAAACAGCCCCUGAGAGUCCUCAGGGUUCAUCAACAUCUGAACAGGAAAUGGUAAUCACUCCACAACAAACAGAUGUAGGUCCACGUAAUAAUUUCCUACCCCAAUCUGAACCAUCUUUCACAGAUAACACAAACCCCCCAGACUCCAAGCAAAUUCACAAAGAUACGAUACAGCUGCCAUACCCAGUCCCUGUAGUUACAGUGUCACCACCAGAUGAACAGGAUUAUGACAUCAUGUCAGAUUCAGAGUCUCCAAAUGUUGUCACUGUGGACAAACCAGAUUCAGGCCCUCAAGAUCCUACUGCUGCGUCCUCAACAUAUUCAGCACUGGAAAAUACAGAUUCCUCAGACCCAACACAAGAAGAACUUCAACCAUCAGAAUCGCCCGUAUCCAUUAGUCAAGGCUCAACCUCAGUCUGUGAUGCACCAACUCCUCAGUUUGAUCCUGUUACACUGUCUGAUUUGGAUAGCGGCAUAACAUGUCCUUCUAUUGUUGUGUCAGAGUAUCUUGACUCGGACGAUCCUGCGAGUCCACCCGGCAGUGUCACAGAUCCAGAUCCCAUUAUCACCUUUCCCGAUCAUCCUUCCGACCUCCCUGAUGAGGAGAAAACAUCCGUCUCAACUUUUGCUUCCAGCUCUGUAGAAACUCCACCAAACCCUGAAUCUCAAGAGUCUCAAGACUCAGACUGGCCACCUCUUCCAGAACCACUGGACACCACCACUAUAUAUCACGCUGAUCUGGUCCAUUUUGACUUGGUCAUGCUGACUUCCCUGGAUCAAGAUGAUCUGGACUCAGUGUUUAUGGAUCCUGAACCAGAGCCUUUUGACAUUAGUGUUGACUCUUUAUCAAAUGUAGAGGAUUUAGACCCACCCAUGUACCAGUCAGACAGUUCAAGUUCACCUCUACCAUCUGUUGACCCUGCUGCAAUGGGCCCUUUGGAUCCUUCAGAAUCAACAGAGUUUGUCUGUUUGGACCCAGCUACGGAGUAUCACAUGUCUCAGGACGUAGCCUCGGGAUUACAUGACAUCCUACCACAGGUCACUGUCACAAUAUCCCCUCCUAGUUCGGUAUCUCCUGAUACAUCACUGGAAUUAGACUUUGGACCCACAAGUCCAGCCUCAGAACCUGUUCUAUCAUCAGGCCCAGAUCUCCAAGAGAUAACCUCAGAGGACCUGCUAUCCAUGGAGUCAGAUGAUGUUACAGCAGAGAUACUGGAGUGUGUGGCUGUAUCCCAUAUGACUGUGGGACCUGUGGAGGAGGAUGUCCCAGGCAGUCCAGAAGCAGCUUCAUCUGAGCAGGCCUUUUUGUGGUACAGGUGGCAGAAGAGGGGCCACAGGCGAGACUCGAUGUACAGGAGUGCGAGUGUAGAACUGUGGAGUGGCAGAUACGAGUACAACAGCGCAGAAAUCACAUAUGUGUCUCUCACUCUGUGAGCUCAUACCUCAUUCUCAGCAGGCGAAAUGUAGCUGAAAAUUAUAUUUAUAGCUUUUGGUUUGUAGCUGCCAGUGCACUUACAGCGACGUGCGCAUCGAAAUGUCAUGGGAUUGUUGGCAUUCAAGCAAGAACUUCCUUCUACAUCGUCCAUGGAAAAAGACUGCAUUGGUAGCAGCAAAACUGCAUUUCAUGGACUGCAACACAGUGCGAGAAUGUCAUAAACUCCUGCAGUGAUAAAUGCACUGAACAAUAAUGUUUCAUAAACAUUCACUGAAAGCAGUACGAAGCUCUCUGAAGCAGUUGUCAUCUCUGAUGUGAAUCAUCUCCCAGGAAAGGACUCCUCAUCCUCAGAGUGCUGGUUCAAAUCAAUGGAUUAUCCUGCAUAACAAAUGCUGUACACAUUUAUUUUAAGAGACUCUUUUAAGAGCUCACUAAUAGACUGUAGAAACAGUCCAGAGUGUACAAGGUCACAGCAGUCUUUGCAAUGAUUAUGGCAACUUUCCUUUUUUUGACCUAUUUUGAGCUCUACUUGCAUUGUCACUCUAAAAUGGGGUGAAGUAAAUAUUGGCAGUUAUCAUAUAACUAUAUAAAGAGAUACUGUUUACUAUGUGAGCUGUUGGAUGGACGGGUUUAAAGAGAGAAGAACAUGAGAAAUGAUGUUUGCACAAUGCUGAGUGGAACUGGGAUCCUCUACUGUUACAGCUGUUUGCAAAAGUUUGAGCAAAUUGUUUAUUCUGUUGAUAUUUUACAGUGAAUGCAACCUCAGCGGUGCACAGGUGUUAGAAAAAAUAACUUUUUUAAAUUCAGUGGCUUAAAAAUAAUAAAAAAUAUCAAAUGUGCCACAUGCAGAGGUUUGCAUCUGCUAACAUCACUGACGUCUCAGCCGUCUGGAUUCAUUAACAAUCAUCAUUAGGUAAAAUAAGGUGUGGGCAGACUUUUGCAUACAGCUGCAUUUUGUUGGAAAAUAAUUCUGCAUUUACAAUCAUUCCCAACUAAAAUUGCAAACCAGUAGAGUCACAGUAUGUAGCUACCGUUACCUGCAUACACAUACAGUUUGCUAUCAAACAUGCACACAUUUUCUGGACUGUACGGAUGAAUUCAUCAGAGACGCUCUAAAUUAUUACAUUUGUCUGACACUGGAAUAACAGGCUUUGCUCAGAGGUGAUAAUGUAUUUUUUACUGUAAGCUAUCAUCCUAACGCUCAGGAAUCAAAGACUGAGAAUGUACUGGGACAUAAGUGUGAUGACAUGCUGAAUUGUAUUCCUUCCUGAAAAGAGGUAUGUGUCACGCCGUAGUGCUGCAUUUCCACAUGUGUGAUACUGACUGAUGAAAAUAAUGUAGUAAUGGUGCAUGACAGAUGGCCUCCAUAUUUCCUUGUGUUUCAUAUGCAGUGCCUCACUGUAGGUACUCGGUUCUAUUCAUAGCUUCAUUUCGACAUUCAGUGCAAUGAAAGGAGCCUACGUACCACCGAAGACGCAGAAUUCUGUUACCAGCAACGAACAGCCAGGCAAAAAUCAGAAGAUAUAUCUGCGCUCUCUGUCCAAUUAAUGCGGUCUAUGUGGAGUCGCCCACUGAAAUCUGCGCUCUGAUAAAGUGCACGGAAUAAAAAGGAUCUUUCAGCAGAACAUCAGUGAGCUGCCAGAAAAGGAUUUCCGUCUGUUGUUUUGAGUCGAAUGUGCGCACAGCACUUUAUUAAAGUUUGCUAAAUUAGAUGAAUGUGAGAGGUUUUCAAAGGGGAGGGAAGUUAAUUAGGUUCUACUGUUGAAUUCAUUUUACUGACAUAAAGUGCUCCACUUUUCUUCUUCUCCUGGCUCUCUUCCUUUACCUUUGCAAAGAUCGUAACUAGAAGUAGCUCACUAUUUAUUAUGCACUGUAAUGGUAAUAUUUUUAUUUGUAGCAUAUAAUCCUAAAAUAAAGUGCUGUAGGAUGCAGCGUGCAACGGCACGUAAAGCCAGGCUUUUCCUGCUGGAACAGACAGAAUGAUGCAGGUGUGUUCGGCUAACGCGCCGGCCGACCUGAGUGUGUCACAACACGGUAUUUACUGUUAUAUUAUUACAAACCAAAAAAAGCCAGUGGCCUCAAGUUAUCUGCCCAAUCUUAAUUUACAAAAUGGCUUCGACUGCUUCCUGCUGUAGACUCAUUUCAUUUUCAAAUUUCAUCAAGAUUAAGGUCGGUUCAAUUGGAUGGAAGCGCUGAGACCUUUUCUGACAGCGAGUCAAACGGUGACAAAUACGAUCAUUAUUUUUCACUUCAUCAGGUACUUUACAUUAGACGGGGUUAUCACAACCUCACUUUCUUGCAUUAGUAUUUUUUUAUGAUUUAAGAUAAAGUGUGAUAAACUGUAGAGGUCAUGCUGUCAUCGUAAAUAAAAGACAAAUGAUCAUUGUUGUUCUGUGGACCCACUCGUGAUCUGUGUCCUCAAUAAAGUCUGGAAAUAACUGAUAACCCAGCAAAUAUCAGAAAAUGAGUUGAAGUAAAGAAGAUGCUUACUGCUUGGUGUUAACGGGAACA